GAGCAGGUGUGAGAUUGUCUGGAGGAUCACACGCCGCUCGUCUCUCACAAGAGUCUGAGCGAGGAAGAGGAUCACUGUCGUCUUCGUCUCCGCCGCACACCGCCGCUCUACAGAAUCCAAACAAUAAUGUCUGCCUUGCAGAAAGUCCCCCUCACAGCGGCCCUCUGCCUGCUGCUCCUCGUCACCCUGUUACCCAGCUCUGAGGCCCGCCGGGGUCGCGGAGGCUUCGGGGGCGGCGGCGGCUUCGGCCGAGGUGGAGGUUUCGGCCGAGGAGGAGGUGGAGGUUUCGGCCGAGGUGGAGGUGGAGGCUAUGGGCGGAUCCAGAGCAGUGGCCCCAGCGCGGGCAAAGUAGCCGGGGCGGCUGCAGCGGGCGCCAUAGGAGGAGCGAUGAUCGGGUCCGCCCUGAGCCGGCCCGGGUACGGAGGAGGGUACGGAGGAGGGUACGGAGGAGGGUACGGAGGAGGGUACGGAGGGUAUGGUGGCGGUUACGGCUACCCACGGCACGGGGGUGGAGGCUACGGCCCCAGACCCGGCUACGACCCAGAGGGCUCCGGAGACAUGGAGUACUACACUGGCGCGUCCAGCGGGCCCAUCUACAACAGCAUCGUCGUGGUCAUCGGCGCCCUGAUGUCCCUGCUCGUGGCCCGGUGGGGGGCUUUGGAGUAGAGCACACACGGGUCCAAACAACCGGACUAGGAAAACAACCUGGCUGAAAAGAUCUGAUCUUUUUUUAAAUGAUGAAGAGCUGUGGCCGAUUGUUUCGGAGUUUGACCUUCACAACACGUCAGCGUGACACCGCGCUUCAAUCUGCAGCUGUUUGGACGAACAAACAAACCUCCUGUAGAGAUGUUCCAUGAAAAUGUUUCCACCCCUCCGGUUCUCCUUUUCAAAUCAGCCAGUCUUUUCUUUUUGAUAUACUGUUGACAAGUGUUUUUUGAUCACACGUUUUCUCCGUGAAGAUAGAACAGAUCGGAUGUGUGAUUAGAUUAAGUCUACCUCGGGAAGUCGUAUCAGGUGUUUAAGAGCUGCUAUCGUAAUGCCAUUUCUCAGUGUAUUUACUCGUAUUCCUCUAACUCUGCGUUUUCAAGUGUUUACUUCUUCAAGUACUUUGCUUGUCUAUGAAUAAUUAAAGUACAUGUGUUAUGCCAUAUUCUAGACUUUUAUGAAGAAGGAAAAGCUAAAUGUUCUUCCAUGUCUAUGAUUGUUAAUAAAAAAUAACUUAACAAUAACA